UUUUGGGGAAAGUUUUGUGCUAAACUGCUGUCCCGUUUUUAGAAUAACGUAUUCACAUGUAUGAGUCCCUGGUGGUUCCAAAGAAGUAGGGGGCUUCCCGGGCAUUCCAUGAAAAUUGUUUAUACGCCCGCAGCUAAGAAAAUUUUCAGGGAAUUUUUUAAAGUUUUUGCCCGAUUUUAUAUUCAAAUUUGUUUUUUAGUACAUUACUUUUUCACAUUUGGGUAAUGAUGAGAAAAACUUCAAAUGCUCUUUACUGUAACUACGCAACAUCAACUGCUUUCUCCGCUGCUGUUGUUGGUAUUUCGCAAGUUUUAUUUUUAUAUUUUCUUGGGUUAUGGAAAAAUUGAGUAGAGGUUUCCUCUGAUUGGUGUUAAGAGUUCCAGGUAAUAGUGAGGAUUACUCAUCCCAGAAAAAAUUAGGAAAUGCUUUUUCGAUAUUUUUGAGGUUUCCCAGUAGGUGGAUUGAGUAUACUGACAUGAUGCGAAUAUAAACUAAAAUUUUAUUUCGAACACAAAUUUGGUCACACAAAAAACACAACCCGGACACAAAUUUGGUCAGGUCAAAAGCGGUUUGGUAUUCGGAAAUUAAAAGUGUAGUGCUAACCUGAAAAACUAUGUUUCGACACCUUUCAACGAAAUUCUGUGUAUUGAUUUGGGCAAUCCAGGAGAAUUGGGGUCCCUGCG